UCAUCUCAAGCAGACAGCUCAUAUCAACUAUCAAUCUCCAGUCACAACCUCGAUCAGGAUAAUCCUGCUUAACUCCCAGAAAAACUCUCGACUUACACGUCAACACACCUCAUCAAAAUGACUACCUGGAUCUCCACCCACGGCAUCGGCGCCAUCAAGGACAGCACCUCCUCCUUCUCCAUAACCGCCGACAAGGGCUCCGCCCUCGUCAAGCCGACGAGCCCGAACGAGCUGAGCGGAUGGAUCCACUUCACCAUCCCCAGCCCUCCGGUCAACAACCCGAACCUCAAGGUCGUCGCUGUCGACUUUUCCUCCCAGUCGGCGACUGUCGACUCCGUGGCCAUCUACCUUGCCAACUCGGUCAAGUUCAAGGAAGAGGAGCUCCAGAAGGGACAAUCUUUCACCCUCACCAUCAGCUCCACCCAGGCCAUCUACCAGGGCAAGGGAAUUUCCGUCUCAGUCUUCGUCCAGUUCGACAGCGUGGCCUCCAACCUCAGGUUCCAGUCGGUUGGAAUCCAGGUCUAGAUAAACAAACCACGAUAUGACCAAACAUAUCUCGCUGCGACGCACCAGAUGAAACUGACGGGAAUGGAAUAUUCCAUUCGAGCUAUGAGGAUGGAUCUAUAUGGAAGUCUUGUUUUGGGGCACCCUUGAUGGGACCGAAUAUCAUUUUAUGUUGGAAAAUUCUUUAAACAUGUGCACAUGUCAUUCGAUCGUUUAGUAGCUCUGUAGGCUAAUCCAACACUAUUUUUCUAUAAAUUUUCAAGAGA